AUGGACGCCUUACCCACAGAAAUUCGUCAAGUACCUCGACUUUUUCUUCUUUCUCCCUCUACCUAUGGUGAACAUAGGAUGUACCGAUUAAAAUACGAUGGCAACGGGUUAUUGACAAAGAGCAAACAUGCAAUUGUUUCUCAGUUCAAGUCCAUAGGUUCUUAUUACGAGCACGAUUUUGUUUUCUGCAACUUGUUUGGCUUUAGGAGGGGUGAUGUGGAUGAUGGAAGAUCAUUCGUCUUGUUCAAGUCCAUAGGUUCUUAUUACAAGCACGAUUUUGUUUUCUGCAACUUGUUUGGCUUUAGGAGGGGUGAUGUGAGUAAUGGAAGAUCAUACGUCUUGGUGAAUCCUUUGAAGGGAGAAGUUCUAAUGCUCCCAACAACGAGUGACCUCCAAGUUCCACCUAAUAGUAGCUACUGCAAUGAUACUUACGGCAUGGGAUUUGAUAAUAUGACCAACACCUACAAGAUUGUACGUGUCUCCCGCCAUCUAAAGGAGGACCACCAAACAAUGGUGGCGGCUGAAGUUCUUGUAUUGGGGACAAGCUCAUGGCAGGAGUUACGCUCAGCUCCCCCUUGCUAUCCAUCUUGCGCUGUGGCAACAUCUACACAUGGAGCCGUGCAUUGGUUGGUUAGUCGAGAUCACACGUCGUCGUCGGUACAUAUACUUUCUUUUGACUUCAAGAACGAGGAAUUCUAUUGGACUCCUCAUCCCCUUGCCUUAAAGAAAAAGCCGAAUCUUUUGGAUUCUGUUCACUUGCUUAAUUUCAGGGGAUCUUUGGCCCUAGUGGAUGUUUCUUCGUCAAAUAUAGAGAUAUGGGUAUUGGUAUUGAAAAAUUAUGAUGACAAGAAGAAACAUGAGUGGGUGCUAAAUUACAAAAUAUAUAUGCACAAAUAUCCUCUUCGUCUUGGGACUUUUGUGUCUGGGGUUUUCGACUUUGGCGAGUGGGAGCACGGUAUAUAUUUCCACGAGCAGAACAAUCGCUGUAGGAGAAUUAUAUUAUUUGUGGAUCUAACACAUAGGUCCAUGAAGAGUGUACUACUCAAAGAUAGACAAACUCGUAUGACGAUCCAUAGUUGUACCGACAAUAUGAUUUCUCUAAAGAAUUUUGGGGAUUUGGUUGAAGAAGAAGAAGAAUGGCACUCAAAGGUUAUUCUAUGA